AUGCCUUCUGGCAUCUUCAUCACGCACCUCGAAAACGUCCGGACGGCGCAAGAAGCCACAUAUGGUAUUCGAUCUACUGACGCCUGCCAGCGAGAUGCCUUCCUGCAUGUCUACGACGACCCGGAGCCGGCAUUAAACAACCCGUAUACAUCCACUCAGAAAACUGCGGAAACGUUUGACUGGUAUCAGGAAGUGAAGGCCCGCACCUCGACGCUGAAAUUUCUGGGACGCGGAUGGCAUCCCGACAAGCAAAAGUACACCAACGAGGACCAGCAAAGGCAUCUCGACACUAUAUUGAGCAUGAUUGACACCGCCAGGACGCAACCUUCACCAUCAGGAACCGCGGCAGGCGUGCCACAUCGGCAGGACGACCGCUCAUCCCGCAAUAUUGAAUCGCUAACGUCCAUCAUUCAAGAGUCUCCCAACGGCCUUGAGCGCCUGAUAUUUGAUAUCGCCAGCCGUGACUUGUCCAAAGAGCCCAGCCGCAUGACGCGAUCAGUGUCCAACUCGUUGUUGGACAAUCAGCGCUCCGCAGCCGCCCGGAGGCUGCACACGUUGCUUGGGCCGGCUCAUCAAGACAGGCAUGUGAGGAAGCAUGCUGGCCGGAAAUACGUAUAUGACUGGUCUCUGACGACCGAGGCAAACGACUAUGGCCCAUUCCUCAAAGAUGGCUCCGGACGCGUUGACUGGACCUUGCUUGAGGCUGCCAUGACCUGCAUCGCUAACAAUUUUGACAUCUCUGUCGAGGGCCGCCUGUCAGCUCCCGUAGGGCUACAUUACUCGAUACCAUACCGCACAGUGAUCGAUUCAACGAAGCCGGAGGACUGGGCUGGUGUCACUGGCAAGUGGUUGGGGACUUAUGCAUUUCUCGACUAUGCCAGUCUGCUUGCAUGGAACUCAGGUCUCAUGGGCCACGAUGUCGGCUUCCCGACGUUGACGGACCUGAGCAAUGAGCCCGAGGCUUGCGGCGACUUGCUGAUGAUGGAUCUGAAACUCGACGACAGCUUGCGGACUGAUCCUGUCCUUAGAUCGAAUGUUCCAUUUAGCGAUAAGUUGCCACCAUUGUAUUUCAAGGGUACCUCGCGCGGAUCAGAGUACCCGAAUCAUCCCGUCACAACGAUCAAAGGCUUCUGCGCUUUGGUCGUCGGUGGCAGGGAAGUCAAGUGGAAGUUUGUCGUUGAGUAUCACGGAGUCGACCAAUGGCAGCUCGAAGGAGUUCAGCCUGGUGGCAUUCGCUCGGGCGGUAUCUUUGGAUUAUGGUCCAACGUUGAGCACGAACCCAAUGGCCCUGUUGGACCAUUCUGCUACUAUCCGCACUCACUGUGUAAGUCCACUAGUGUGGUCCUGAUGAGCAAUCAAGACGAGCUCGAAUAG